AUGGAGGUGGAGGAGGAGGAAAGACGCUCUCCACACGAUCAUGUGUAUCGGUGUGUUCCCGAGAGCUUCUUUGAUCGCGUAACGCAAGGGUUACGCGACGAUCUCGAACAUGAGCGGAAUAGGCGUCUCCAAAUGGCGGACACUGCCUCAAAGCAUCGAGCUGAGUUUGCCUUUGCUCAGCUUGAGAACGAGAGAGCUUUGACAUCUCUUCGUGACGAGCUAAGGGUAGCUCGUGGGAUUGUUGAUCGGUCUCGGGCUGAGAUAACUGCUCUUCAGACCCUUGUUAAUAUCCACCAUCGGGAGCACAAGGCUCUGCGAGAUGCUUGA